CAGAGCCAAGAAGAGAAAAAACAAUUGUUUACAAAACAUCUUCACAGAAUCACUCAAGAGACAGAAACGAUGUACGAGUACUUGAGUAAUAACUGUACAUGCACAUACGUCUUGGGUGUGUUCGUGCUGCUGUGGGUUCUGGUGUGGUUCUACCGGGACAACCUGGAGAUCACCAAGGUCUUGGAGAAACAUGUUUUUGUGACGGGUUGUGACUCUGGGUUCGGACACCUACUGUGCAAACGUCUGAACAAACGUGGUUUCCGUGUCCUAGCCGGGUGUCUCACGGAAAAGGGUGCAGAUGAUUUGAAGAGGGCGACGGGACCUUUCCUGAAGACCUGCAUCUUGGACGUGACCAGCACAGCCAGCAUUCAGAAGGCUUUGGAAUGGACCAAAAAAGAAGUUGGAGAUAAAGGACUAUGGGGACUCGUGAACAACGCCGGACGCUCCCUUCCCAUGGGUCCAUCAGAGUGGAUGAAAAUCAAAGACUUCGAAAGCACGCUCAAAGUCAACAUGACUGGUGUUAUCGAGAUGACCAUGAACUUCUUUCCUCUUGUCAAAAAAGCCCGUGGACGAGUGGUGAACGUGGCAUCAGUGUUGGGAAGAGUGGCAGCUAACGGCGGAGGGUAUUGCAUCUCAAAGUUUGCGGUGGAGAGCUUCUCUGAUUGUCUCAGGAGGGACAUCCAGAAUUUUGGGGUCAAUGUGUGCAUCAUAGAACCUGGUUUCUUCAAGACACAGGUGACCAGCCUGGAGCCUAUCGAGAGGGAACUUCAUCGCCUCUGGAACCAACUGACGCCUGAAGUGAAGGAGAGUUAUGGAGACAAAUACUUGGAUAAAUAUAUCAAGAUCCAGAGGCUGAUCAUGAACACCAUAUGCGACUCCGACCUCAGUAAAGUGACCAACUGCAUGGAACACGCCCUGCUGGCCGUCCACCCAAGGACACGCUACAGUGCAGGCUGGGAUGCCAAGCUCUUGUGGAUUCCCUUGUCUUAUAUGCCCGCUUGCAUUGUAGAUAUUGCCCUAAAGCUGGUGUUGCCAAAGCCAGCAAAAAGUGUCUAGAUUUGGAAGUGAUUGUAGGCCAGAUAUGUUUAACUCCUAACCUUUAAUUUUCCUCUUAUGAUACACUGGAUGAUGCUCUAUUUUGGGGUCUUACUAAGUAACUAGAGUUUACAAACACUAUGUGUCUGUAAAUUUAAUAGUGUAUUUAUGAUGCAAAGUUAUCUGGUAACUGGACACUAUCAGUAAUUUUGUAUAUUUAUGAACCAUUAUGCAACGUAAUUAAAAUGUGCCUUGAAAAUGCAUCACCAGUUUGGUCAUCUAAUGUAGAUGUGUUGCUAGAGUGGCCUUUGAUGUUUUAUUUGUAUGAAACGGUCAGAGUUACUGCUAAUUAAGUUAAUAUAACUGUAUAAACAUAAUUCAAUAAAUGUUAUAAGAAUAUUUUCUAUGCACUGCCAUCUGUGCACCAAUCUCUUCCCAGAAAAAAAAAACCUGCUUAAAAUCAGCAUAUAUGCUGGUUUACUGGUUCUAGCUGA